AUGGCCGAACUACCCACCGGCUGUGUUGUCAAGCUUACCGAUGGUCGGCAGGCCACCGUCCGGUACAUGGGAGCUACGAGCUUCGCGGAUGGAGAAUGGAUUGGCGUCGAAUUGAACGAUGACUCUGGGAAGAACGAUGGGUCGGUACAAGGAGAGCGAUAUUUCGACUGUGAACCGGGGUUCGGCAUGUUUGUUCGCCCAACUGUCGUGGCUUCGGUUAUUGAACGGCCAACCCGAACAGCGAAGGCAGCUCCCAAAGCGGGCACCGCCGCGUCGCAGACCAGAACCCGCGCCCAGAGUGGUAUAUCUACAGGCCCUGGUCUGAGGAGACCGGGCUCUAUAUCGUCCAUGAAUCAGAAGCGAAACAGCGCUAGUUCCAGCCCAACGCCUGCUCCGAAAGGGCCGACCCAGCGGCUGUCUUUGAAGACUCCAUCAAAAUCGCCUACAAAACAGCUAUCUAGUUCCACAACCCCCGCUCCCGCUCGCUCUUCAAUCAGCGGUGCGGCGAGACCCUCCGCAGCCACACCAAAGACUCGGCCAAGCACCACGAAGUCCUCUAUGGGCCCUCCUCCACCUCCCGCUUCGUCUCGCACAGCCCGUACAUCUAUAUCUGGACCCGGUGCUAGGACGAACAGACAAAGUCUGCAGGGGCCCGCCGGACCGGCAUCUUCAGGAUUGUCUAAGCGGCCGGUCCUGCGGCCAACCGCUCCAAAUAGGACAGCGGAAGAGGAGACAAGCCCCGCUGCAGAAGACUCUGAUCCUGCCUCUAACGAUGUUGAAGGCGAAUUUGUGGAAACAGAAGACCCAGUGCCCUCCAAGGUUACACCAACCGCACGAACCAAUUCUUCCCGUCCAACUCCUGGUCAGCCUGCACCGCAACGGCAAACCCAGAAUAUCGCGGUGUCCAGAGAACUCGAAGAAUUGAAGACGAAGUUGAAGGUCAUGGAGAAAAAACGAGCUGAUGACCGAGAGAGGCUGAAGACCCUGGAACAGUUGCAGGGGGAGCGUGAUAAGUUCGAGGGAAUAAUCCAGAAACUGCAGGCGAAAUAUCAGCCACAGCAGCUUGAAAUCACCGAUCUGCGUAAAAAGCUCAAAGAGGCUGAAGCGAGAGUUGAUGAAGUCGACAAACUGCAAGCAGAACAUGAGACACUUAUGGAAAUUUCGACUCUUGACCGUGAGAUGGCUAAUGAGACGGCCGACGCAGUAAAGCAUGAAUGCGAGGCGCUCAGAAUGCGAGUGGAAGAACUAGAAUUGGAAGCAGAGGUGCUACGGGAAGAGAACGAAGAAUUCGGACAGGUCAUGAGCCCUGAGGAGAAAUCGAGCCAUGGAUGGUUGCAAAUGGAGAAGACAAACGAACGACUUCGUGAAGCACUUCUUCGCCUCCGCGAUAUGACCCAACAGCAGGAAUCCGAGUUGAAGGACCAAAUUCAGGAACUUCAGCAGGAUCUCGAGGAUUAUUCCGCUAUCAGGUCGCAAUAUGAAGCUACCAAGGAAAAACUGCUGGUAUCAGAGAAUAACGUUGAGGACCUCAAACAACAGCUCGAGACCGCUCUCGGUGCCGAGGAAAUGAUCGAAGAGUUGGCAGACAAGAAUAUGCGCUACCAGGACGAAAUCAACGAACUUACUGCAUCAAUUUCCGACCUUGAGGCGCUAAAGGAGAUCAACGAUGAGCUCGAAUGGAACCAUGUCGAAACGGAGAAGCAACUGCAAGAGGAGAUUGAAUACCGCGAAACCCUCUUUAACGACCAAGUUCAAAAAAUAUCGCAGCAGGAUGACGUUAUUGAGGACUUGGAAUAUACUCUGACUCGUUUCCGAGAGCUCGUUUCUACCCUACAAGCGGAUCUGGAGGAUAUGCGGGCGUCGCAGCAAAUCACAGAAGCCGAGGCCACCGACCUUACAGCGCGCUCUAGAGCAAUGAUGGACCUGAACUUCAAGCUACAAUCAUCUGUUGCCAAAUCCCAAACGAAGACAAUUGAUAUUGAUCUUAAACGCAUUGAAUCUGAAGAGGACAGCCAGCAUCUGUCUAUCGUGAAGAUGUAUCUGCCAGAGUACUUUGAGGGUGAACGAAGCUCUGUUCUUGCCCUUUUACGCUUUAAGCGAGUCAGUUCCAAAGCGUCGUUGAUGAACAGCACAAUCGAAGGGAUGAUUUCUGAGCAAGCGUCCAUAUCUCCUGCCCUAGAGGAUGUCUUUACUGCUCAUGAUGUCCUGGAGAAGCUUCUCUUUAUAGAUUCCAUCUGCGCUCGGUUUGGGAACUACAUCGCAACCUGUUCUGCAGAGAGCUUUGGCACCAUCCAAGGUUCGUACUACGAAUUGGAACCUGUGGAGCGUACAUUGAACUUCUGGCUGGAGUGUCUGAAGAAGAAUGAGAUAAAUAUGAAAAAGUGCGCUGUGGAGCUGCAAAGAUCCAUCGCUCUACUGUCACACCUGGCCGAGACUCUUCUCCCCACGUCGUUGGAGACCUUUGCCGACGAACUCUGCAUGCGCUCUACGUUAACCCAGUCCUACAUUGAGAACGCAGUGUCUUCAAUGUCACGACUCCUGUCUCUGUUGCAGGCGAAACUACCGAAACCUGAGGAUGGUGAUGAGGAAGCCACAUUCCUAUUCGGCAAAAUUGAAGCCUUUGUGUCUCAAGCUCGCAGCCUUAAGGUUGCUAUGGUAAAAAUUAACCGCGCCGUUGGCGAUUUGCGGUCAAGGUCUCUCGCUCUCUCUCACGAUGCUUGCGGACCAUUUAAGCAAGCAGAAGAUGCCGCGAAGGACCUUUCAAGCUUGUCGCGACAAAUGGGAGAGAACAUCAUGGUACUCUUUAGCGAUGAAAGCCGCGCAGAACCAAUUACCUUGCAGGAAGUCUUGACCAACAUGUCUCAGAUAUCUGCAAUGUACAUCCAGUCCUCUGAUGCGGGAAGUGAGAGUAACGACGGCAUGUCCUUCAUUUUCACAAUGCUGCGUGGCCUCAGCGGCACUCUGGAAGAACUCGGCUCUAUUUCAUCUGACUUGUCUAUUACUUCCGAGUUUGAGAAGCGGCCCUCUCCUUGGAUUGCGCGAUCUGCAGAGCUCAAAUCAAAUAAGGUGAACUCUCCGGAUGCCGAGGAGGAAAUCCGUCGGUUGAAGAACGAAAUCCACGAAGCAUCUACCGCUCUCGGGGUGAAAGACAAGACCAUCGAGGAGCAAACUAUUAAGGUAGAGCUCGUCGAGUCGCGUAUGCGAGAAGCAAGCAAGAAGGCAGCCGCCGUGAAGGACUUGGAAGCCAAGAUUGAGGAAAUGGCAACGAAGGAGUCAGAUCUCAAGACUACAGUGGAAAGCCAGCAUAAAGAUCUACAAGGCCUCGAGGCAGAACGGGAUGAAAUCAAAGCACAGCUUGACAGGGUCAAACGCCUCUCUGGAACCGCCGGGGUCACUGCUGGCUCCGGUACCAUCGUCGACAACGCUGCUUCACUGGCAGCAAUGCAGGAGAACGAGGCACUCCGCACAGAAGUGGCAAGCCUCCAAGCGGCUGUCCGCUUCCUUCGCGAGGAGAACCGCCGCCAAAACAUCCUCGACCCAUACUCCGUGCAACGUUCAUCAGAACUCUAUUCCUGGCUCGACGCACCACUUACCCAGAAACCCAUCGCAGAGACCCAACGCGAGAAGAUCCAACAGACCGCCUCCGAAAGCCGCGAUGUUCUCUCUCACCUCCUCAAGCUCACGCAAGAGUCCAACAUCUGCGACCUCAAAUCCACCCACAACCGCGCUGGCUGGCGCCCCUCAAAGGACAAGCUCCGCUACCAAGUCCUCCAGCAGCGCGAGAACUUCGAACGCUGGGCCGAAUGGAAGGACGAAGUCGUCGGCCACGAACGCGAACAAGAUCGAAUGGCGGCUGCCAAGAAGGAAAGAGCUGCCCGUGGACCACGCGCACUUGGCCACGCUUCCCAUCCCUCAAUGGGGUAUGGCAUGAUGGGCCGCGCGUGGCAGAUCCUCGGCAUGCAACAGGACCGCAAGACUGCUGCCACUAAUCAGCCUGUUGAGCCGGCCAUUGAGCCGUCGUACUAG